GGUGAACAUGAAAUAAAGACAAAACAAGUGUAAAUCAAUUUAAAAAUGGGUAUCAGAGGAUUGACAACGUACAUUGAAAAAAAUUCAGACGAUUUUUAUGAAACAUUUCUGUUGCAAAAUACAAAACUGGUGAUUGAUGGCUGGAAUCUUAGCAAUCGAAUUUAUCGUAAUUUAUCAAAUUGUAAUUGUGCAUUUGGUGGUGACUAUUAUCAAUUUGCAAAAAGCAUUGAAAUUUUUUUUGAAGAAUUAAUAAAGUGUAAUGUCACACCAAUUGUCAUACUUGAUGGUGGUUAUGAAAAGAAAAAAGAAUCAAAAAUUCUAUCAAAAGCCAAAAAAAUAUUAGAUGAUUCAUCAAACUGGAUACCAGCUUCGCAAGAUAAUGAUAAAUUUUCUCCUAUUUUGGCGUCUGAUGUUUUUAAAAAUGUUAUGAAGAAAAUGAAUAUAAAAUUUUUCAUGUGUCCAUUUGAGGCAGAUGAUAUUAUUGUUGCCCUUGCAAGAAUUUAUGAGUGUCCAGUUUUAAGUUAUGAUUCAGAUUUUUGUAUUGGUAAAGCAAUGUAUAUUCCUUUUGAUACUUUGGAGGCUGAUAUGUUACAUAACAAAUAUGGUUUCAUGAAAAAAUGCAAAAUUUAUAAAGUUGAAAAAUUAUUAAGACAAUUUCCAGGUCUUGAUGUUUCUUUAUUGCCACUUGCAUCUGUUUUAAUUGGAAAUGAUUAUGUAAAAGCAGGUACUUUUGAUGAAUUUUUCAAUCAAAAACAACAAUAUUAUAUGAGGCAACCAAAGAUUGCCUUAAUAUUUAAUUGGCUUAAAAAUUAUUCUCUUAAUACAGCUGUUGGUAUUAUUGUCAAUCGUAUUCAUCCAGAAAAAAGAGAAAAAAUGAUUAAGUUGAUUGAAAAUAUUAUCAAUAGCAGUACUGCAUCUUUACCAACAUAUAUGCUGGAGCCACUUGAAUUGACUCCAGACAUUCUGGAUAAUCAAGUCACCAAAUUCAAGUUUGAUGAACGUGAUUUUCUUGUUGAACGCAAUUCUCAUGCAGCUAAGUUUAAUGAAGACUUCCAAGAAGAUUAUAAUUAUUACGAAGACAGCGAUGAUGAUAAUGAUGAUGUUGAUAAUUCAUUCAAUUUGACUACUAAAGAAUUUAUUAACAGCUGGCCUAAAUGGUUUCUGGAAGAAUAUUUACUUGGUGAGUUUUCAUCUUCUUUUAUCAUGAUGAUGAGUCAACAAAUGUGUUUAAUGAAAACACAAAUUGAAAAUUUUGACUUUCCAUCAUCAGGAGAAAUGAGUAUACCAAUUGUUAAAGCUAUUUUUAGUUUACUUAUUCCAAAAAAUAAAAGUGAAAGUACAUUAGACAUUAUGUUGAGAGAAAAAUAUAACUUGGUCAAACGAUCAUUUAAUGUUAAACGAUCUAUUAUAGGUCUUGAAGAAUUAAGACAAAUUGAUAUAAUAAAAAGAAAAGAAUUUAUUGAUCAAGUUUUGGGUAUCAAUAAAAAUGAUAAACUAGAUGAAAUGCCAGGAGGUUGGCAAUUAUAUAUUGCAACUAUUCUUUUUUGGAUGAGACAAAAAGUUGUUCCAACAAGAACAACAGACCAAUUAACUUGUCUUUUAUUGUCUAUGUUGAUUGGAGUAAUAGAUCAACACAUGGGAUCUCGUACAUCAGUAAAGGGAUUUGAUAAAAUUAAUGAUGAAAUUGAAAAAAUUAUAAUGCUUAAAAAAACACAAAAAACAAAUACAAACUUGAAUAGUGAAGAAGAUAUGACUGUUAUUGAAGCCUUGAAAUUAGUUACUCAAAAUGAUUGUAUUGUUGCAUCACAAUAUUUUAUGGAUAAUUUUAAAAUGAAUGAUAAACUUAUUUCAAAUCCAAGAAAAUUUGAUAGAACAGUUGUUCAUGUAUUUGCUCAAUUUCAAAGUUCUCUUGAACGUGUCAUGAAGCUCAACGCUCUUCUUGGUGAUCCAUAUCCUUCUGUAUGUCCAAGUGAAUUUUUUCAUGGUACUUUACUUUACAAUGUACAUGAUAGUUUAAAAGAACGAGCUGAUGUUGUUACACACAUUCAGGAAGCACUUGAAUAUUCUCCAGACCUGUUUAGAGUAUUCAAACUACUUCAUCAAAAAAUAUUCACUACUUUAAAGAUUGAAAUACCAAAAAAACAAAUGACACGUCCAAUACCUAAAAUUUCUAAAGAAUAUGAAAAGACUUUAUUCUUUCCAAAUUUUUCAAAAUAAAAAAAUUAAUUUAUUUUUAUUGGCUAUGAUGAUGAAGAAAUUCAUGAUUAUGAAUAAAAUCAGUAACUUUCUGCAUUAUCAUAAAUACCAUUUAUACUUUAGAUACAUUAAAUAAAGCAUUUAUAUAAUUUUUUAACA